AUGUUGAAUAAUGUGAAACGAUGGCUUUAUGACAAAAGAGGUUCAACAAGAUCAACAACACAUUCUGGAGCUACGACUCUGAAUGAUAGUGGCAUGGACGCUUCUCAUCAUCAAACAACAGUUCCGAAUGUGGAGCAAGGACAUCAAUUGAAUUCCGAUCAGAAUCAAAAUUUGAAUAUGAAUCGUCAUUUACAUAAUACCUCCACUUAUUAUGAAUAUACUGUUCAAUCACAAGAAGGACUACCAUCCAUGGCUCAACAUCAUCAUCUUGAUGAUGUCUCUGUUCAGUCCGAUUCCGAACAAAACCCUUCAUCGAAUAAUCCUUUAAACACACAAGGUGCCAGCAGUGGUGGAAGUGGCACUCACAAUACUUUUUCUUCACCUUUGGAACAAGCAGCACUGAAUUUAAUAAGAGGAGGUGGAAUUGGAAUUUUGGAAACACGGGCAAAACCUCCGGGAUCUUCUUAUGGAGAUGAUGAUGAUCAUCAACAAUUUAUCACAUCACUUGAUCAUCGAGUAGAAAGUAAUAAUAAUUUAUUGCAAAAACCAUUUACGAGCCAUUCUCCAAAGAGUGAUGAAGAAAUUUCUGUUGCUCUCUAUUCAAACUCUUUACGAAAAACCAUUGACAAUGAAUAUUAUUCGUCACCACAAAGAGAAAAAGUGAGUGUUCCGCCUAUGGCCAGACCUAUCGAUUCUCCAACGCUGCCAAGCAAGUUGAACGAUUCCUUUAACAGUGCUCUUUCUUCCUCUACUGUUAAAUCAUUCAAUACGGCCAACAGUCCACAACGAAAGAGAACUGGCAGCAAUGCUUCUAAUAAUUCUUCGAGUAUUACUCACACAUUAGGUAUUCCUCAACAAUUAGGACCUUUCACAGUUUAUUCACUUCCAAAAAAUCAAACAGGACUUUCUUUGAGCAAUGCUUCUUCACAUCAUCGAAAUAAUAGACAUCUACAUCAUGGAGAAUACGCUUACUGUGAGGAGUGUCCAAAUUGUAAUAUUGCAAAAUAUAAUACUAAUCCUUUUUCGGAGGUUACAGUCAUUACAGAUACCUCUGCAGAUACAGCUCUUGAUGACAAGAUCAGUAUUACAAAACUCGUACUUCUGUAUGAUAGAAAUGUAAAUUUAGACACUAGUUAUUCUUGCUGUUUACCAUACUAUGUAAAUUUCUGGAAUUAUGAACAGUAUUGUGACCAUCAUUUCACUGACAAACCUUUGAAAAAGAAGCCUCCUCAUCAUUAUUUCUUUCUUAAUGAGGAAUAUAUGUUUUAUAGAUGUCGUUCAACAAAGUAUCAUUCAACUAUAGUUCAUCCAAUAAGCUCACCGGCUGCUGCAUGCUUGCAAGAUGGACGAAUUUUCAUUUGGGACAUUACAAAUUCGAGAAAAAUAGCCUGCUUACAACACCACAAAUUACCUGUUAAUUGUAUUGUACCAAUUUUCUCUCAAGGAACUGCUCUAACUCAACCUCCCAUUGAAGACGCAAAUGUAUAUCUCCAAUAUACUCCAUUUGCACAAUAUAUUUUAACAGGAUCUGAGGAUAAAUCUAUCAAAUUAUGGGAUAUAUCUACGGUUUGGAGCUUUGGAGGAUCACAACCCUUAAUAUUUUCUCCUGUUCGUUCCAUGCUUGCUCAUGAAACAAGUGUGACCACCAUUGAGCUUUUUUCUGAUGGAUCACCAAGAUUUUGCUCAAGCUCAAUUGAUGGCAAGUUAUAUAUUUGGAAUUGGUUUACUGGUGAAUUAUUGCAAGAUAUUCAAAGGCCAGAUAGCGGGCCUAUUGUCAAAAUACUUGCCCUUUCACUUCCAUAUAAUGGUGAAUUGGAAACAAAUGAAUAUUCAAGAACGGCCAUUCUCACUAACGCUCAAACAUCUCCAGAAUUACUCGUAUACAAUUAUACAAGAGAUGGAAAUGUUGAAGAGCACAAUUGUGACGAAAACAAAGUUAUUUCUAAAGAAACUGUUUUAAGGCCAUACUCAUUAAGAACUAGUUCAAUUGGUUCCAACGACGCAAAUAAUGUCACCACUCAAGACGCUCCAUCACCUCCUAGCAUCCAUGUCCUUUCAAAACUUAAAUUAUUUAACGUUUUCACAAGUAUCCCUGUGAACUCAGAGCCAAGCUUGACCUCAGGAUUGGUCGAGAAAAAUCCUCCAUCACCCUCCUUUGGAAAAUCUGGCUCCUCUGAAUUUGACAUGAUUGUAAGCACUGUCAACAAUAUAGGACAAGUAGACCUGUGGAAGUCCUACAUUGACCAUCAUGGAGAGAUGAAAUUUAACAAAAUGGUUACUAUUUCAAGAGCUCACGAGUUGUAUGAACAAACAAAAAAACCGUACCAGAAAUGCUCACAACUAGCUGUAAAUAAUCACUUCUUGGUAAUUUCAUUAGAUAGUAGCUUGUUUAUAUUCGACAUUAGCGAAGUCAUGCUAUCGUUCACAGAUGAACACAUUUCUUCACAGAAAGACUGUAAACUCGUGUUAGAACAAAUUGAUGCUCACUCUUGCAACAUCACCUCAAUCAUUUCGCUUCAUUUUGGUAAAGUAAUUGUCACUGGAGCUGAGGACGGUAGCAUUGCGUUAUGGGACACCACCAAAUAUCUCACGAACAAUGUUGUUUCACAUGCCUCCAGUAAUGCCUCCACAUCCGAUACCUCAACUUCCAACAGUAUUAUUGAAAGUAUAUUCAUUGGGCCAAAAGCUCAAUCUCCUGUGUUUCAUCAUAUUGCCAAAGUUCAAAUACAUACACAGGAAAUUGUGUCAUUGAUAGCCCUUAAUGAAAACGCUUUUGUAAGCAUUGCAAAAGAUGAACCAUUCAUGUUGUUUUGGAAAGACUCGAGAAUGGAGAAAAAGCUUAGAACCUAUACGGCAUUUCAUUAUGAUAUGGAUUCUUCUAAUACACCUCCUCAUCCCAAUUAUCACACUCCCAAUAUGCUUUCUCUGAUGAUCAAUGAUAGUGGAAUGCAUCCUUUCACUUUGCAAAAUGUAACACCAUCAUUAUGGAAAAUGCAAAGAUCUCGAGGAAAUAGCUUUAGAAGAGUACAAUCAGCAAUUGGAUUAUCGCGAGAACGAAAUAGAAGCAAUGCAUCAACAAGUUCAAACCCAGACGAAACUCAUCAGCACGCCAACAUUACAAACACUGUCACAACUCAAGACAAUUUAACACCAAGGGAUGAAAUUUCAAUUAACACUAAAGUAGAGCAUAGUACAGUUAAGGCAUACACCUUAGGAGACGAACGUAUCACAGCAUCACCACCUUCCAAUGAAAAUCAAAAAGAUGAGGUUCAGAACGAACUAUUUGACACCAUGAGCGAAGCACUUUCGUCACCCACAGGAACAGUGGUGUCCUUUUCACCUCAUUCCAGGACUGGUACCAAUAGUUCAGAUGGCUUUAAUUAUGGUGAAACAUCCAUGAUGAUGAAUUUAGAUCAAAAGACAAAGGAUCAAGAGUGA